AUGGGGCUGCGUGCCAAUGUGUCCACCUUCCAGACCACACUGUACAUCAUCCUUGUACUGCUGGGCAUCAUGGGAAAUACCACAGUGAUUUCUGUGAUUGGCAAGAGUGUGUUCAAAAGCAACGGUGGAGGUCAUAACUCGGACAUCAUUCUGAUAAACAUGGCUCUGUCCAACCUGAUGGUGUCCCUGGUGAGGAACGUGCUGCUCGUCAUCUCAGACCUGGGACUAGAGCUAUACUCUUCCAAGGUGUCUUGUCAAUUCCUCAUGGGGGUGUGGGUGUGGCUUCGAACUGCCAACGUGUGGUCCACACUGUACCUCAGCGCCUUCCACUUCCAGACCCUACGUCGCCUGGCUCCUUCCGCAGGACACAUCGGUCUGCAGCGCGGAGCUCCCAAAUCCCUACUGCUGAGUCUGAGUCUUAUCUGGUUCCUCAGCUACAUCUACUCCAUCCCUGCUCAUGUGUUCUCCACCAGGGGAGACCAGAACAGCACAGAGACACUGAUGCUGGUAAGCAGCACCACACGCCCUCUGCUGGGCUGUGUGUGGAACUUCCCCUCUGCUUAUAGUGGGCUGGCCUAUGCCACCACCUCCAUGGUGAUCCAUGAGAUUGUGCCUAUCAUUCUCAUGGCCAUCACCAACCUGGGCUCCCUCUACACACUCUACUCCCGUGGCAGGAUACACAAAUGCUCCAAUCAAACCCAGAUUGCCCCCACCAUCAACAGGGUGCCAGCUAAGAAAAGAGCUGCCAAGGUGAUUCUAGCUUUGAUCAUGCUCUUCAUUGUAUCCUGGGGGACAAGCAUCAUCUCAGUCAACUACUUCAACUACAACCGUGGCUCAUCCGCUGACUUCCUGUUGGUCCUAGCUCGCUUCGCUAACAUCAUCUUCAUUGCCUUGUCACCCAUGGUGUUGGUUGUAGGUCAUCGGGGACUACGAUCAUUCAUCAAGUCUGUGCUGACUCACUGA